CCCGCCGCCCCGCGCAGCCAUGAGGGCGCAGCUGGAGCGGUGCGGCGGCGAGUGGCGCGCGCUGCAGGAGGAGUUCCGGCUGCUGCAGGAGACACACAAAGUUUACAGGCAGAAAUUGGAGGAAGUCACCACCUUGCAGACAGCUUGCAGCACCUCCAUACAGCGGCAGAAGAAGACACUGAGGGAUCUGAAGCACAGCCUGCAAAGGUGCAAGGCCAAAGCCAGUCCUGAGGAGUUUGCUCUUAUUCAGGAGAUCAGCACCCAGAUCAAGGAGAGGCAAAAUGCCUUCUUUGACAUGGAAGCCUACUUGCCAAAGAAGAAUGGCCUGUACUUAAAUCUGGUGCUGGGAAACGUGAAUGUAACUCUGCUGAGUAACCAAGCAAAGUUUGCAUACAAGGAUGAGUAUGAGAAGUUCAAACUUUAUCUGACAAUAAUCUUGUUACUUGGGGCUGUUGCCUGCAGGUUUAUUCUCCACUACAGGGUGACAGAUGAAGUGUUUAAUUUUCUGUUAGUGUGGUAUUACUGCACGCUGACGAUACGGGAAAGCAUCCUCAUCAGCAAUGGGUCAAGGAUCAAAGGCUGGUGGGUGUCUCAUCACUAUGUCUCCACAUUCCUGUCUGGAGUCAUGUUAACGUGGCCAGAUGGUCUCAUGUAUCAAAUGUUUCGCAGCCAAUUUUUAGCGUUUUCAAUAUUUCAGAGUUGUGUUCAGUUCCUACAGUAUUAUUACCAAAGGGGCUGCCUUUACAGACUCCGUGCUUUGGGGGAGAGAAACCACUUGGACCUUACAGUAGAAGGAUUUCAGUCCUGGAUGUGGCGGGGGCUGACGUUUCUCCUUCCCUUCUUGUUCUUUGGGCAUUUCUGGCAGCUAUAUAAUGCAAUCACACUUUUUGGAUUGUCGAGGCAUAAGGAGUGCAAAGAAUGGCAGGUUUUUGUGUUGGCCUUCACAUUUCUGCUGCUCUUCCUCGGGAACUUCCUCACUACUCUCAAAGUGGUGCACACUAAACUCCAGAAGAAAAAGACAAACUGAAGAAGCUGUGAACCCCACCUCCCCACCCCUCCAGCUGCAGCAGGCUCUGGCUUUGGGAUGGAUCCUGCUUAAACCCCAGCUGUGCCAGGGAUGGGCUCAGAAAGACUUGCCCAUCCCCAUGUCUGGUGAAGAAUAAGGACUGUGCCAGCACAGACUCAGUAUUACACAAGCAUGGCUCUCCAGUCUGCAGUCCUGCUAUUUAUGUAUAUUUAAUACAAAACAUGUUUGCUUUUGGGUUUUGUUUUUUCCUGUCCAUAGAGCAGCAUGCACCUGCCUGGCACAGGGCCAGCCUUAGGAGAAUGUGAGAUCUACUGUGAUUCCAAUUCUGGAAUGGUAUUUAACACUUUCCAGUUUUAUUAUUUAAAUUCUGGGUAUUGGAUUUGCAAAGGUUUAUGAACACUCCAGGUUGAUCUGUAAUACAGACCGAAUGCUGGUUUUUAAAGGCAUUUGUUUAAGGCACAUUUUUCAGUGGCAAUAUUAAUGUAUCUGUACUGUGAAGAAAAAAAACCAAACCCAUCUUUGUUCCAUACUGCUGGUAUAUACACCUCAGAAAAAGUAUUUAAGGAAGGGAAAUCCUCUUUGGAAAACAAAAAUAAGCAAGCAAAAGCAGUUUUUAAAUGGGAGGGAAGUCUGGCAGUCCUCUUCCAGGGAGACCAGGUCAUCUGUGCAGGCCUGGAAAAGACCUAAAAUAAACCACUCACUGUGGAACUGCUUCAGCCCCUUCUUCAUAACAACUGCACUGCCCUUUGGGGUUGGUUUUUUGAGACACUGUUUUCUUUAAAAUGGCCUCAAUCAGUGGCAGUAAGUGCAAUUGCACUUGGGUUUCUGUUUUCAGUAUUUUUUGCUCCCAGUGCCUGUCCUCCCAACCUGAGGACAUGCUUAGCAAAAAUAUUAAAUACUGUCUUUAGAUGCUGUGCCUGUACUGAUAAUGAAGAGAAUGUAAGCACUCAUUCAGGAGGAUGUCAGAGAGUAAAUACUGUCACCUCCUUGUGCUGCUUCAACUUAAACUUACACAUUAAAACAAGUUUGUUUUGGGUGCUGGAACACCUGUACCUCCCUAAGGGCAGGGUCAGUGCUGUGAGCUGCUUCAGGCAGCAUCUUUCCCAAGGGUGAAGGCUUCCUGUGAGCUCACACAAAGCCCAAAUUGGGCAAAUGCUUUGGCAGUGAUGUGGAAAUUAAUGCCCUUCUCCCAGUAAGUGUGCUCAUGAAGAAAUCCACAUGCACUAGACUUGAAAUGGUUUCAUCAGUUCUGUUGCUGCGAGGCUAGAAAAAUUACCUUUGCAGUGUCACUGUCCUGUGGGCAUGAAUAAUAAAUUGCAAUUUGCAUUUUUUGAACGACUUUCAAA